AUGAUCGCGGGAAUCCGGUCUUCGACUCGCUUAGCCAGAUCCGCUUUGUGCCAAGCGCGAAAUCACUUUUACGUGUGGGGUGCACAACAGGAAAUGACAAUAGAUAUGUUGAACCCACACCAAUGCAUGAACCCGCUGAUCUAUGAUGAGUUCAUUGCACGCUCCGUAGAGAUGGCUAAGAAGAGGAAACUCGGAGAUCCAAUGGACCUCAGCACGCAACAAGGACCACAAGUUGAUGAAGAGCAGCUGAGAACCAUUGAGCGAUAUGUGGAGUAUGGCAAGAAGGAAGGUGCCAAAUUGGUCGCAGGUGGAAAGAAGUGGGGAGACAAAGGUUUCUUCUUCGAGCCAACUAUCUUCGCCGAUGUCAAGGACGAAAUGACAAUCGCUCAGGAAGAG